ACGCGACCGUUAGCUGUCACUCGCCGCGAGGUGGGCGGGCGGGCCGGGGCCGUGCGGCGUUGGACGAUGAAGGAGAGCGAAGGACUGCGGCACCGCCGUCUCCAGCAGCCGCAGGUCGUCUCGGACGAGUCGCGGGAUGCCGAGACCAAGCGUGUCAGUGCAUAUAGCGGGAAAGUUUUCAGGAUAACCUUGACAACUCUAGUUGUGACGCUCGUGGUUCCAUUACUGUCGGCAGCAUUGCUGCUGCAGUCUCCAAUAAAUCCCCAGCCUUUCAGUUAUAAGGAGCCUCCUCUGCUGAUUGGUCCUUUGGAAGCAAAUCUUAAACUGAGAGAAGCUGAACGCUUGUAUGAGGGACAGCUUAUUGGACCAGAAUCAAUCGCACAUCUUGGAGAUGUGAUAUUCACUGGAACAGCUGACGGCCAGAUUCUGAAAAUAAGUGAUGGAAAAAUACACACCCUGGCAAGAAUUGGCAAACUACCUUGUGGAUCAAGGGAACAUGAACCAACAUGUGGAAGACCUUUGGGCAUCCGACUUGGUCCAAAUGGCACUCUGUUUGUGGCAGAUGCUUACUAUGGGUUAUUUGAAGUUAAUCCAGUCACAGGUGAAGUGAAGAUGUUGGUCUCUGCCCAGAAAGUUAUACAAGGUAAAAGGAUGACAUUUGUAAAUGACCUCAGCAUCACUCAAGAUGGUAGAAAGAUCUACUUUACAGAUUCUAGCACCAAAUGGCAGAGGAGAGACAACAGAUAUCUGGUGAUGGAGGGUACAGCUGAUGGGCGAUUGAUGGAAUAUGACACAGUAACUGAGCAAGUGGAGGUUCUAAUGGAUGACCUGAGGUUUGCAAAUGGAGUACAGCUCUCCCCUGCUGAGGAUUAUGUUCUGGUUUCUGAGACCACCAUGGCCAGAAUUAGAAGGUAUCAUAUCUCUGGACUGAGAAAAGGGGGACAUGACAUAUUCUUUGACAAUCUUCCUGGUCUCCCUGAUAAUAUCCGACCAAGUAGUUCAGGAGGCUAUUGGGUAGGCAUGGCUGCGCUACGACCUAAUCCUGGAUUUUCUGUAGUGGAUUUCCUCGCUCCUAGGCCUUGGCUUAAGAAUUUAAUUUUCAAGCUGGUUAGUCAAGAGAUGACUAUGAAGUUUGUGCCCAAGUAUGGCCUCGUACUGGAACUGAAUGAGGAUGGAUCUGUCAGGAGGAGCUUUCAUGAUCCCCAUGGAGUGGUUGUGCCUUCAGUUAGUGAGGCCAAUGAGUACAAUGGGUAUCUGUACCUGGGUUCCUACAACUCCCCUUUCCUCUGUCGGCUGAAUAUCAAUGAGAUUUAACAUUCCUUUAACAUAGAAUAAAAUAUAUCUUUGCUGAAGGUCAUUGUGCAGCUGCCAAUUUAGACCAUCUGCCAGCUGAUUUUAAACUAACUUAUUUGGGAGGGUUGUCCUGCUUUAAAGAUCAUAAAAUGUGUAAGUGUUCUUUAUUUAAUUUAUUUUGUCCUUUUGAAGAUUAGACUACUUUUGCUAAUUGUUAAAGGCAGGUAAAGAGGAAGGGUUCUUGUAUUUCUCUGAGCUGAUGGGCUUUAAAAAUAUAUUAAAAAUGGAAUUGUACCUUUUUAAAAAGUAGGCAUAGUCAAAUGAACUAAUUGAUGAAAUUACCUCAUGAACAUUGUGGACUUUGGAAUAUUCUGAAGACCAACUUUUUAAGUAAUUCUGCUGCUGAAUAAUGUUGACUGGUUUUAGACGGUUUAAUUUUCUUUCAGGGAGGUUACCCUGCAGGUCCUUAAAUAUGGAGAUAUUGCAAUUAAAAGUAACAACGUGUUCAAAAUGGUGGCUACAAAAAUGAAGGGUAAUUGUUGGAAGAUGCCUGGUCCUGGUAGUUAACUUUACCUAAUUUGCAUCUCAGUUCAUUUUUUUACCUCAAGGCUAGGAGGUCAUCAACAAAUAUCAGAGUUCCAGCACUGAACCUCUUGCCCUGCUGUGAGCUGUGGAACAACCUGUAAGAAAAAUUACCUGAUUCAGCCCUGUCUCGUUAACAAUUUGGAGAGAUGCUGAUCUUGUUUAAUUGUUUAUUUCCCCUUCUGCAGGGGAUGUGGUUUUCCUUCAAAAUGCUAAUCAACAUGAUGGGGAUGGGAGGAAGAAUAAGGUGCAGAAGUUAAGACAUUUAGUCACAUGAGUAUUUUCUCAGCUGAUCUGUGACCUUUCUCUGUAUGUGCCUUUGCCCCAAUUCUUUUUUCUCUGUUGCCAACUCAUCAGUUCUUUUCAAUCAUAUCAGUCUUUGCUCUUUGAAAUUCCAGGGAAUACAACCCUUGUGUUACGUAAAGGUUGGAAUCCAGGUAUCAUUUCGGUAUUCCAAGGUCAACAAUUCCUUCCCAGGAUGUGAUUUCCAGAAUUGUCCUUGUGUGAUCUAAUUAGGGUAUGGCAUAGCUAUGGAGUAAUCUCUACCCUCUUGCCAAGUGGUAGACCAUAUUACAAAUGUUUAAUGGGCUGAAUAGUCAUUUUUCUUUUCUCCAAACUUUUGCCCACUCAUUACCUUCAUCAUUGUAGCAUUCAGCGGCAUUUCAGAUGGAUAAAUCUGUCUCCCUCAGAUCCCAGAUAGUUGAGCAGUUGAAUGUUCUAACUUUGCAAGUGAUUCAAAUUGCUCGCAUAGGCACUAUUAGGUCAACGUCAGACCAGCAGCCUUUUCAACAACUAUUUUAGAAAUAAUGCUGAAAAUUUUUGAAACUUGAGUCCCUUAAAGUACAGCAGGUCAUAUGCACAGAAGGAUGAAUGGAAAGUGAAUUGCUGAUAAUGUAUUUAAACUGUGUAAACUAUUGUGAAAAGGUUGCCACGUGCACUGUAGAUCUGAAUUUAUUUUGCUUAAUUCCAUUAAUUUCAAAGUUUGUAAUUGUAUAAAUAGCAGGUUAAAGCUCAGAAGUAUUCACUAGUUGUAUUCCCAAAUGAUAUGAAUUGCAUUCUCAAGUAUGUCUUUCUAUGAUGGGAUGUUAGAGAAUUGUACUUCUAUUUAUUCAAAUGUUCCAAGCUUGUAAAUUUGUAAGAGCAUGUUCACUGUACAUUGCUCAUUAAAAUG